CAUUAAAAAUCAGUCUGACACAUACCGCCGCGGGAGAAGCACGUGUGUUGAAGCGCGUUUAAAUUGGCGCGAAUUUUCUUUUAAAUGUCACAGUAUUUACUGUGAUGAAGUAUUAAUAGUAAUUUUUUACGUUAUUGAAAAUAAAUUGUGAUGUCCGAUCGUAUAAAAUACGUGGUGAGGAUCGUAGUUAUUACAGUUCUGUAUUAUACAUUGAUAAGUGUUGUAAAAGAAAUCAAACAAUAUUGGAGUGGAUCCGGUGAAACACAGCACACUCGCUAAAUAUUUGGAUUUCGUUACGUCAAUAGAAUUUUUACCGGCACCCAAUAUGGAGCACUUGGCGAAUUUCACCGAUGACAUCGGCUCUAGUGUGCAGCCUAGUGAAUUCUCCAAGUUCUCCCCUGGCCUGCUGACCUUCGCAGCCGUUGUCACUGGACUCAUCAUGCUGGUGGGUCUGUCGGGAAACCUACUCACCGUGGUGGCUCUGCUCAAAUGCCCCAAGGUCAGGAAUGUGGCCGCAGCCUUCAUUAUUAGUCUCUGCAUAGCGGACUUCUUAUUCUGUGCCAUGGUGUUACCGUUUGCCAUAUCUGGUUUCUGGACGCAGACGUGGUCCCACGGGGGCGUGCUGUGUCGGCUGGUGCCGUUCCUGCGGUAUGGCAAUGUAGGCGUGUCCCUGCUGAGCAUCGCACUCAUUACGUUGAAUAGGUACAUAAUGAUAGCGCACCACAGCUGGUACGGUCGGGUGUACCGAAAGCACAACAUAGCUCUCAUGAUCGUGUUCUCGUGGAUGUUCUCGUAUGGCAUGCAGGUGCCUACCCUCAUUGGAGUUUGGGGUAAAUUUGACUACGACCCUGAGUUGGGCACUUGCUCCAUCUUGCCUGAUGAGAACGGGCGCUCGUCCAAGACUGCCAUGUUCAUCAUCGCCUUCAUCGUGCCAGCCCUGCUCAUCCUCAUCUGCUACGCCAGGAUAUUCUGGGUUGUUCACAGUUCAGAGCAGCGAAUGCGCGAGCACCAAAGAACUCAACACAGCGGGGCUGGAGCCCUCAACAACAGCACCGACAAACGAAGCACCAUCAAGGACAACCGGGACACCAAGGCCAGAAGGAACGAGUGGAGGAUCACUAAGAUGGUCCUGGCUAUUUUCCUGUCCUUCCUUGUUUGCUACCUGCCGAUCACGAUGGCUAAGGUCGCCGAUAGCCAUGUGCAUUAUCCUGUAUUCCACAUCGCGGGCUACUUACUUCUGUACGCGAGUGCCUGCGUGAACCCCAUCAUCUACGUCAUCAUGAACGCUCAGUACCGAGCGGCGUAUGCUGCGGCCCUCUGCUGCCCCCUGUCCAGGCUCACUGGUCUCACCAGCGAAAUGGAACGAGCGUCACGGCUACAGCUACAGCAACACACGCACGGCUCUCAGCCAGGUGUCUCUGGGAGAGUCCAGAGCCGACCCUCGGGCCUCCAUGGCGCCAGCCGGACCGGCUCGGUAAGCACCCAGCCGACUGGACCAAGCCCGACCAAGCCACGACCCACCAAACUACAGCUUGGACCGAAACCAAGCCUUAAAAAGAAGCCGGUACUCCCAAAUGACAAGUUCCCGAUCAGACCACCGCGGAAAGUGCAGCUUGGUCCUGUCGUCCCUAGGGAGUAUGUCGGUCCUGUCGUCCCUAGGGAGAAAAAAUGCACGUGCGGGAAAUUAGAACAAGCGAAGGUGUGAGAUUCGUCGUUCUUUAGUUCGACAUUGCCAAAGAUUAUUCCAAAGAUUGUUUGUAUUAUUUUGGUGCUAAGUGUAAAUGCUUAGAAGAUGUUCUAUAUUUUGUAUUAUUAUUUUUACUUUAACGUACUGUUUUAAAUAUUUUAUAUGAAUAGAUUUACACCAAAUUGAUAGUAUUAAUUUACAGAUUUAUUUUACCUACUUAAUUAUGGUCCGUCCAACUACAGAACGACGAAUCUCUGAGUAAAUUGUUACUAUUUUGUAAAUAAUUAUAAUAGUCAUGUUAAUAAAUGGUUAAUAAGUAGGCAGGUAGGUUGUACCUGUAAGAAUUGUUCAGUUUGACCAAGUCUUCCAAAAAUUUAGUGUAUUUUAGGAUUUGUCUAUGAACUCUGUAAAUGAACUUUCAAUGAAAUCUCAUGUCUUUAUUGCAUUUACUUUUACGUUCUUAGGUAGGUAGGUAUCAUCUAAGAAUUUAAGUUAUCAUAUUGUUGUCUAAUGGACCUGUAUUUACGAAAACGACCUCAUGAAAAAUACAUUCCUCGAAUAUACGAUUUUCUGAAGUAUUGAUAAGUAUUCACAAAAUACCUACAAGCAUUCCAUAUUAUUUUAUACAAUAUACAUACAUACUCACAUAGAUACCAAACUAAAUUGUAUCCAAACUGUUUUAUCAGAUAUCCGUAGAUUUCUCAAUUAAAGCAAAAGGUAUGAAUACAAAAGUGCCUGUAAUUGAAUUUCAUAGGCCUUAUUGAAUGAAUUGCCAUAUUAAUUGUUAGGUAUUAUAAGAUUGACGAAUGUUUGUGACAUGUUAUUUAUUUAUUUUUAAAAUAAAUUAAAGGUUUUUAUUGAAA